CUGGGCCUCAGGUAGAUGCUGCAGGGGAUCCAAAAGGACAAGGCGAUAGUUGCUCGCUCGACUGUGUGCGUUUCUGUUCGGAGCGGAGAGCGCCUAGUGGAGAACAAGCCUCGGUUCUCUGGCGGCCUCUGCUUGCUUCGUCGAGCAAGUCGUUCAUCCUAGCUGGCCUUGAGGUUGCAACUGUGUAUGCGAUCUUUGAUCUUUGAUCACGCUUGGAUUCCUUUUCGUUCUUGACAGAUCUUGUUCCGGGUUCAAGAAGUGGUGGGAGAUAGCUGUACAGGAGGAGGAGGCGGCGGCGGCGGCAUUUCAGUGGAGCAAGAGUAAUCAGGAUUGCAACAUCGUAGAACCUCAAUUGUGAUCAAUUUGGUCUGAGAAGAUUUCCUGCAAAGAAAUAGUAAAGAUUGUGGAUGCAAGUGCAUCAAUAUGACAAAGAAAGACAAAAUUAGGAAGUCCAAGCAUCUUCUGGAAAGCAAAAAGAAUGUUGAUGAAAAUGUGGAGAACAUUUUGCGGAUGAUAGGAGAGGAGAACGAGCAGACUGAAAAUGAACAAGACGAUUCUGGAAAUCCUGUCAAGAAAUCAAAGCUGUCUUCCCUCGUGAAGGGCUUCCAUGAGGACUAUCAAUAUCUUCAUAAGCACUACAAACACCUAAUUAGCAAACUAGAAAAUGUUGGGCACAGUUCCUCUGGUUCAGAUUCAUCUGACUCAGACAUGGAAGGAGACAGAUCAGACAGAGAUGUCAUUAAACCAAAAGUAGCACCGAAUGAAGAAAACGGCCUGAACCAUAAGAGUGCUGAAGAUCAUAGCAUGGAAGGAGAGAUUGAGAAGCUGAAACAAACUACAGAAGAACAAGCCAAGGAAAUAUCCGAUCUGAAGCAGCUACUAGAUAAAGCAAUUAAGGACAAAGAAGCUACAAGAGUAGAGCUAAGUUCAGAGGUUGCAAACUUGUCAUCUGAGAAUGAAAAUCUGAAAUCAUUAGUUGAAAUUACAAAGAGGGAGCAAGGAGAAUUGCUUAACACUGUAAAAUCGAAGGAGAGUGAGGUCACAACACUGUCCAGCGAGAAGCAAAUUAUUGAAAAAGAGAGAGAUAACCUGAAGAUAUUAAUUGUAGGCAUGGAGAAGGAGAUGGAAGAUCUGAGGAAUCAGCUGAAAGAUACGGAGGACAGAUGCAGCCUCCUGUCAUCAGAAGUUGAGAAGGCCCAACAGAUUGAGAAAGAAAUGCAGACCUUGUUGGAAGAAAACCAGAAGCUGAAGAAUGAUAGCUUGAUUCUGUUGGAUGAGCAUGAUAACCUGAAAGCACUUCAUCAGAAUUUAGAUAUUGAGUGCUCUCAAUUGAAGGCAGCCAAUGCAGAAAUAAGUGCUAAAAAUGAAUCCUUGAUCACAGAAAAUCAUUCAGCUGAAAGGAAACUCCAGCAACUGGGGUUGGAGAUAGAUGGCUUGAAAGUGGAGGCUGCAGAGCUAAUGAACAAUCUGGGCAAGGAACGUAGUAUUGCAGCAGAAGAAAAAGAAAGACUAGUAUCAGAAAACUCCAUGUACUUGAAUGAAUUAGAGAAGGCACAGUCUAGUGUUAAGGAUCUAGAAAAGGAACUGGAAUCAACAAAAAGUGUUCUGAAUAAUAAUAUUGCCGAGCUACAGAAGGAGAAGAAUUCAGCCACAUCAGAGAUAGAGCAGCUAGAGGCUUCUUUGAUGAAUCUUAAGACUGAGAUAGCACAGCAACUUGAGAGGAUUUCAGAUAUGCAGAAGAGUAAUGAAAGCCUGGACCUGGCAAAUUCUAACUUGCAUAAUGAAAUUGUAGAAUUACAAGGACAAAAAAAUGAAGCUGCUGCUUCUGUUAUUAACCUUGAGAGCAUGUUAGAACAGCAAGUCCAAGAGAUCUCAAAUCUUCAGGAGGCCAACAAAGACCUCAAAGCAGCAAUGACUGAUCUGUAUAAUGAGGUUACAACACUUCAAGAGGAGAAAAAUACAACACUCGCUCAGCUGCAACAAUCAGAGGCUAACAUCAUGAACCUUCAAAGUGACCUAGAAGAACAGCAAAACCAAAUUCUACUUUUCCACAGUGAAAAUGAAGAGUUGCAGAAUAAAAAUUCUAGCUUGCACAAGCAACUAGAAGAGAAUAGGAAUACUCUGCAAGAUGAGAUCGUUGCGCUACAAGGAGAGAAGGAAGAGGCUAUUAUUAGCCUACAACAAUCAAAUGAUUCAGUCAAGACCCUAGGAGCUCAGUUAAAGCAGCGAGUGGAAGAAAUUUCUGUUCUGCAGCUUGCUAAUGAGGACCUACAAAAUAGUAACUCCAACCUGAAGAUACAAUUGGAAGACGCGAAGGUUAGUCACCAUGCUGAAAUUUUAGCAUUACAAGAUGAAAAGAACCAAAUAAUUUCAGACCUGCAACAGUCCGAGGCUUCUAUCAAGAGUCUUAGAAUUGAAUUAGAGCAAGGAAAAGAGCAAAUCUCAGUCAUGAAUCUAGCUAAUGAAGAUUUGAAGAACAAUAUCGCUAUAUUGGACAAGCAACUGGAGGAGGUCAAGAGAAAUUUGCAUGCUGAAAUUGCACAACUCCAUGCAGAGAAGGACACAGCUCUAUCAGAGUUACUGAUAUCUCAGGAUUCCGUCAGAAACUUGGAGGGUGUGCUAGAAAAGCAAAAUGAGAAGAUUUCAACUCUGGAUCAAGCUAAUGAUCAGUUACAGAAGAACAUAUCUACCUUGACUGAGCAAUCAGAACAAACCAAGGCUGAGUUGCAGAAGGAGGUUGAGGCAACACAAGAAGAGAAGGAUACAGCACUAACACAACUAAAGCAGUCAGAGACAUCAGUACAAAAUCUUGAGAAUGAGGUGACACGACUGAAAGAGGAACUUUCAGUUCAGCUGGAAAACAAUUCCACCUUGGACAAGCAGUUGGAAGAAGUCAGGAGCAGUAUGUAUGCUGAAAUUGCACAACUACGUGCAGAGAAGGAUGCAUCUCUAUUGGAGUUACAGACGUCUCAGGCUUCUGUCAGGAACCUUGAGAUUGCACUUCAAACUCAAAAUGAGAGCAUUUCAACUCUACAACAAGCUAAUGAUGAGUUGCAGAAGAACAUUUGUACUUUGUCUGAGCAAAUAGAACAAGCCAAGGCUGAGCUGCAGCAGGAGGUCAAGGCUGCACAAGAAGAGAAGGAUGCAGUGCUAACACAGCUGAAGCAAUCAGAGGAUUCAGUACAAAAUCUUGCGGAAGAGGUGGCACGACUGAAAGAUGAGCUUUCAGUUCAGCUGGAAAACAAUUCCACCUUGGACCAGCAGUUGGAAGAAGUCAGGAAUAAUAUGCAUGCUGAAAUUUCAGAACUACAUGCAGAGAAGGAUGCAUCUCUAUUGGAGCUACAGACGUCUCAGGCUUCUGUCAGGUACCUUGAGAUUGCACUUCAAACUCAAAAUGAGAACAUUUCAACUCUACAGCAAGCUAAUGAUGAGUUGCAAAAGAACAUGUGUACUUUGUCCAAGCAAAUAGAACAAACCAAGGCUGAGCUGCAGCGGGAGGUCAAGGCUACACAAGAAGAGAAGGAUGCAGUGCUAACCCAGCUGAAGCAAUCAGAGGAUUCAGUACAAAAUCUUGCGAAUGAGGUGGCACAGCUGAAAGAUGAACUUUCAGUUCAGCUGGAAAACAAUUCCACCUUGGGCAAACAGUUGGAAGAGGCAAUACUAAAUGUUUCUAACCUACAUGCGGAUCUCGAGAAGGUUCAGGCUGAAGCAGCUUGUCAAAUUGAUGACAUGAGUACAAAAACAAAAGAUCUGGAGAAGACAAUCAAUCUAUUGUCUUCUGAAAAGGCCAAGUUGGAGGAGAAUCUGAAAAUUAUGGUUGAAGCAUGCACAGUAAACAUGUCAUUUAUGAUAGAAUUCAAAGAUAGAGUUAUGCAAAAAAUUUCAGAUCAUGAGGCAGGACUUGCCGUUCUCCACCAGAGCCUGAGAGGGGCUGUUAGCAGGUGUCAGAGGCUUCAGUAUGCAUAUGAUGAGGUGUCCUCAAGGGUGUCCCAGCUCGAGAUACUUAAGAGGACUCAGAUUGAGAAGAUAGAUCAGCUAGAGGAGAAACAUUCAGAAACUUUGGACAAACAUCGACUUCUGGAAGAGGAAAAGUUAUCUGCAAAUAAGGAGAACACAAAGCUACAAAAGCAUGUCCAAGACCUUGAAGUUCAGCUCCAGCUAGCCAAGCAGAAGCUUAAAGUUACCGAGGCAGAAAAUAAGUGUAAAGAAGACAGCUAUGCAGCGGCGGUGGAGACAUCACAGGCAGAGAUCCAUCAUCUUGAACAACUAGUACAACAGUUUUCUGGGAAGGUCAGCUUGCUGGAAGAAACUCUCAUGCAAGUAAAAGGAAAUGCCGAGUCAGGGGUUUCCAAAUUGGCUGACAAAUUGGACGAGAUAGAAUCACUCUUCAGUCAGAGUUUUGUGCUCAUUAUUGACCGUUCAUCUGCAUGUGGAGAGGAGCUUAAGGUCCUGAGGAAGAAGAUGCACGAUCAUGUUAAUGAACAGAAAGAACUUGUCAAGGAGAAUGAUGAGAUGGCUUCUAAGCUGAGAGAGAAAGAAAAGUUGGUGUCGGAAAUGGCGAAGAAUGCAGCAGAAGCAGAAGCGAAGAUGAUCCAGCUCGAGAAGACGAUGACAGAGAAAGAAGAAGAGCUAGCAGCAAGAGUGCAGGAGAAGAGAGAAGCCAUUAAGCAGCUCAGUGAUACGAUUGUUUACCACAAGAACUACAGCGACGAUCUGGUGCGCUACAUCCGCAGUCACAAUCGCCCUCGCCUCCCAUUCUGUAUGUAAAUCUGAAUGUCAGUAAACGAUGUAUUAGGUUCCAUUGCAGCUGCGAAUUUUGGCAGAAAGGAUAACAUUGUCAUUUUUCUUAUGUAUCAUAUAUUUAGGGCUGAGAUACUUUCUGGAAGUAGCCACACUGAGUGGCUUCUGCAUUCUAUUAGCAGAGAGGACUGCUGCAGUAAUUAUUUUUAUUCAUCCCACCUUAUCUUGUUACUGGA